UGUCAGCGGGUCAUCAGCCUCCAUCAUCCCUCCGUUACCCAGCAAAACGGAAGCGUUGAAGGCGGCGGACAGGCAACGGACGGGAAGAUAGAGGAGAGAAGCCGUUUCCCUGCCGUUGUCAGCCCUGCGUGGUUGUUCUCGGGCAGGUGGUGAAGAAAGUUCGAAUCCUAUACCUUUUUCUACUCUAGAAUCCGGUGAGAUUGAUUUGUUCAGUCUGCCUUUGGAUAUAGAUUUGAAGUUAUUCCCUACGUCAUCUGUUGCCUGCGUGAUUGUUAUUGCUUUGUUUUAAAUUUCUCAUUUUAAUUUGGCUUUGAAUCUGGUUAUUUAAUCGUUUGAAUAUUGACGCUUUUGAAUUUGGGAAUAUUUACUGAUUGAGUUUAAUUGUUUUAACUAGUGUUUGCUUGAAUGUUGUAAUUGGCUAUGAUACUUCUUCUGCCCUCUUCAUGUUGAUUACUAGCGCUUGCAUGCUUUGGAUUGUGUUGUUUUGAAAUGUUGGAUUUGUUGAGUAUUGGCAUUCUGUUUAUUAAUCUUUUCAUGUUAUCAUCAAGUUAGAAAAUUCUCAAGGUAUUUGUGAUGUACGAUAUUGUACACGACUCGGCUUGAGUUGUGUCAAAGCAUCUGGAACAAAAAUUUAAAGGGUGUUAUAUCAACUAUGCAUAUUUCAAGGAUUUUAGUGGGGGCAGUGUAAUACAGGGAAUUUGGUUCUUCCAAGAAUAAGAUAACGGCAGUGAUUGAAACUGUGUUCUCCUUCCCUCCUCUGUUCUCAUUAGCCAAUAAGAUGCCCCUGUGUCAUAGUCACGGUUGAAGACAAUGAUAAAUCUUGGUGAAGGUGAAACAAAAGUCUUAAAUUUGAUGCUUUUCUAAUUUUGGCAGCUGAGCAAAAGAAGGUGCUGUAUAACGCAUGGGUAUGCAUACUGUUUUCUGUUGUAACUCAAUUUGGUUAGCAUCCAAUCAUGGUGGUUCCCUUUUCUGUUGGUCUCUUCAAACAAGUGUUAAAUGCAAGAAAAGAUCUAACACUUUUAAUUUCUCCAUGGAUUUGAUUAAGAACAAAGGUUUUAAAGAAGUGGAUCCAGAAUGUGAUUGCAAAAUUAGGUUGUUUAGGAGUUUUGAUGGUCAUAGCCAUGGAGAGGAGAUUUCUUGUGACUUGUACAACCAGUUAAUUGUCGAAUGUUGUAAAGGAGGUGAACUUAAUGGGGCCAUGCCUCUCCUGGCUCAGAUGGAGGCUAUGGGGUAUCAACUCAAUUCUCUUUCUUAUAGCUAUCUGAUCAAAGCCCUUGGAAAUGUUGGGAGGACUUUAGAGGCUGAAAUGGUUUUCCAGGAAAUAAUCUAUUCUGGCUUUAAACCAAGAUUGAAUUUAUACAAUGUUUUGCUUAAAGGGUUUUUGAAGAAAGGUCUGUUGGGACUUGCACUACGGCUUUUACAGGGAAUGGAUGAUAUGGGCUUGAGGCCAAAUCAGGAAACUUAUGAAUACUUUUUAGAUUACUAUGUUAAUGCUGGACGGUUAGAAGAUACUUGGGCAACGAUCAAUGAGAUGAAGCAAAAUGGAUUUCAACUAAGUUCAUUUGUCUAUAGCAAGGUUGUUGGCCUCUAUCGAGACAAUGGAAUGUGGAAGAAAGCUAUAGGCGUUGUGGAAGAAAUCAGAGGCAGGGGUGUUUCUUUAGACAGGCAUAUUUAUAACAGUAUUAUUGAUACAUUUGGGAAAUAUGGUGAAUUAGAUGAAGCUUUAGAAUUGUUUGAGAAAAUGCAAAAUGAAGGUGUAAGGCCUGAUAUAAUAACAUGGAAUUCUUUGAUUAAGUGGCACUGCAAAGCUGGUGAUCUCACAGAAGCCCUUCAUUUGUUUAUGGAUAUGCAACAUCAAGGAUUAUAUCCUGAUCCAAAAAUCUUCAUUACCAUUAUUAGCUGCUUGGGGGAGCAGGGAAAAUGGGAUACGAUAAAGAAAAUUUUUGAAAGCAUGAGAUGCAGGGAAAAUAACAUAUAUGGGGCAGUUUAUGCUGUUUUGGCUGACAUUUAUGGGCAGUAUGGGAAAUUUCAGAAUGCUGAGGAGUGUAUACAGGCACUGAAAUCCGAAGGUCUUCUAGUUUCAUCAAGCAUUUUUUGUGUGUUGGCAAAUGCUUAUGCUCAGCAAGGCUUAUGUGAACAGGCAGUUAAGGUGCUGCAGAUCAUGGAAGCAGAGGGAAUAGAACCAAAUAUUGUCAUGCUCAAUAUGUUAAUCAAUGCAUUUGGUAAUGCUGGGCGAUAUAUGGAAGCAUUGUCCAUAUAUCAUCACAUAAAAGAAAGUGGUGUGAGUCCUGAUGUGGUUACAUACACUACACUUAUGAAAGCAUUUAUGAGGGCAAAGAAGUUUGAUGAGGUUCUAAAAAUUUACGAGGAAAUGGAGUUUGACGGAUGUACUCUAGACAGAAAGGCUAGACAGAUGUUACAAAGCGCAUUAAUGGUGCUUGAAGGAAGACCCACGGGUGACUAAUAAAACCUCUCGGGUUGAGAUUAAUGAGUUGUUAGAUGGGUCGGUUAAGGGUCCAUAUGGAAGUAUAGUGGCAUCCAUUGACCGUUUCAUGAUCAUUCUGGAGUUUGAACCAGUAUUGCUCAAGUGAAGUUGGACGAAACUGAAAUUUCGGUAAAUCUAGAGGGGACCGAAAGUGCAUCCCGGCCUUCCACUUAAAUCAUUUCUAGAAGCUUGACCAGGGUUUUGUAUCACGUGUUCAUGGCGCAGUCAACUUGAAGGUAGAAAGUUGAUGGGGAACGGUUAACAAUGGUUGGCAUUUUUCCCCCGCCGUUAUACAUCUUUUAGAAGGUUCUUCUCAUGGCUGAGUAUCUUAGUUGAUCGAUCCUAAUUUUAAGACUUGGGUUUAGUAGAAAAUUUAUUGAUUGCGAAUGAUUCAAUAUAGUUCUUCCUUUACCCGUGGCUGUGUUGGAAUUCCCAUGUGAAUUAAUGUGGCAUUGCACACAGAAGUGGAAGCUUGCAGCUAUCAGGAUGUAGAGGAGGCUUUUUGGUUGUAAGGAUGAAGAACCUUUCACCCUCUAUGUAUAAUAUCCAUUAAUUUUGUGCAAUUAAUUUUUGCGAAGAUGAUUUUUUU